CUGAAUAACAUAAAAGGUUUAUAGUACCGAAGGGAAACAUGAAUCGAUACUUGGGGUUGGGGGCGCCAUUCAUGAUCAUCAUCAUCAUCAAAUUCUUAACGUGUGAGGCUGGUGGGGGCAUCACCAUUACCAAAAUGAGGAGAUUCUGUUGAGAUCCUCUGAGCUGAUGGGUCAUUGCCCAUGUUUUGGGUUUAGAAAGAAGGCCAAUAGAGGAGAGAAGCUCACGUUUCAACAAGAGGAACAUAGCAAGGUUAUUGAGAAGAAACUCCAUUCUCCACACAAUGUUUCUGCUGAAAAACCUUCAGGACUAUUAACACCUGAGGCAACUUUUGCAACAAAGGAGAUUGACCAUUCUAAUAACAAGGCUCAUAUAUUUACCUUCCGAGAGCUUGCAACAGCAACAAAAAAUUUUAGGGAUGAAACAUUUAUUGGGCAAGGUGGAUUUGGAACUGUUUACAAAGGAAAGCUAGGUAAACUAAAUCAGGUUGUAGCUGUAAAACGACUUGAUACAAGUGGUGCCCAAGGGGAGAAAGAAUUCUUAGUGGAGGUUCUGAUGUUGUCUCUUUUACGUCAUCCAAACCUUGUUAAUUUGAUUGGUUACUGUGCUGAAGGUGAUCAACGUCUUCUUGUCUACGAUUACAUGCCUAUGGGAUCCUUAGAAUCUCGUCUCCAUGAUCUGCCACAUGAUAAAGAAGCUCUUGAUUGGAAUACAAGAAUGAAGAUAGCAACAGGGGCAGCAAAAGGAAUAAAUUAUCUACACAAUGAAGCAAAACCAUCGGUUAUAUACAGGGAUCUAAAAUCAUCAAACAUACUUUUAGACAAGGGGUUUGUUCCAAAACUUUCUGAUUUUGGGCUUGCAAAAUUUGGGCCAACCGGAGACCAAUCAUAUGUUGACACGAGGGUGAUGGGAACACAUGGUUAUUGUGCCCCUGAAUAUGCCACAAGUGGGAAAUUAACCAGGAGAUCUGACAUAUAUAGUUUUGGGGUUUUGUUGUUAGAGCUUAUAACUGGACGCAGAGCUUAUGAUGAGAAUCGUGGCCAUGACAAGCAUCUUGUUGAUUGGGCACGACCAAAGUUUAAAGAUAGAAAGAAUUAUUCAAAAUUGGCAGAUCCAAAACUACAAGAUCAUUAUUCUGGAUCUGGACUAACAAUGGCAAUUGAAUUGGCAUCCAUGUGUCUCAGAGAAGAGCCACGUCAACGGCCGGACGCGGCGGACAUAGUGAUCGCUCUCGAUUUCUUGUCUUCCAAGCAAUACGUUCAGAGAGUACCUAUCGAUUUUGAUGAGAAAGACAAAUAUACCAAUGACUCUCCAAAAGCAAUAAUGACAGUUUUGACUAAAGAUGUUCAAAGAGAGGAAGCUGUUGCAGAAGCCAAACUAUGGGGUAAAACAUGGAGAGAUAGAAAACAAAAUGACCAAAGUAGCCUUGAGGAAAUAAAUAGGUAGUAGUACAAUUGAUCUUUUGUACUCUUGUAACUGCCUGCACCAAGACGUCAAAGAAGGUUCAACAUAUUUCAAGUGCAGUUGAAAGAAGGUAAAAAUAAAAAUGAGGUAAUUAUUUGGUGUUGAUUAAAGUGGCUAGUAUAAUGCACAUGAGAAAAAAACCAAACAAAAUUGAAAAAUUAAACUAUUAAAUAGGGCAAUUUAGAUCUUUAAGGAAUCUAAACUCAAUAGAAUUAGAUUCUCUCAAAUUUUGUUUUUCAUUAGAAAAGAUAAAAUAUAAUUUUUCACUAUACAUUUUAUACGUGAGACUAA